UCUGGUCUGUGUAAACAGCCUCAAAUCUGGUGACCAAACUCACUUGUUCAGCAUGAGCAGCACAGACGAUAUUCCUUAUCAUACUAGCCCAGAGGACUACAGCUUGUCUGACCAUGGUUUUACUCCAAAGAGGAAGAAAUCUCCGCCAGCAUGGGACUCAUUACCAGUUGAUGUACAGGAGGAAAUAGGAUGCAUGUAUGAAUUUUUACCAGAAAUUGCUGAGCACUUUGUUGUUCUAAACAAAAUAGGAGAAGGAACAUUCAGCUCAGUUUUCCUGGCUAAACUAAAACACUACAGUGAGGUGAAACAGUUGUUUGCUUUGAAGCACAUCAUCCCAACCAGCCAUCCUAGUCGAAUUGAGGGCGAGCUCAAAUGUCUACAAGAAAUUGGUGGCUGUGACAAUGUGAUGGGUGUAGAGCUGUGUAUCAGGAACAAAGAUCAUGUCGUCAUUGUAAUGCCUUACUUUCCACAUGAAAAGUUUCAGGACUACGUCCAGACACUCUGUGUGCCUGAAGUAAGGGACUACAUGAGGAACCUGCUAUUAGCCCUGCGUCGAGUACACCAGUUUGAUAUCAUCCAUAGAGACGUCAAACCAAGCAACUUCUUGUACAACCAAAAAACAAAACAAUAUGCAUUGGUAGAUUUUGGAUUGGCUCAUAAAGCUCCAAUAUCACAGGCAGACUUGGCAGAGAGUCACCGCAAGAUAUCACAGUCUACACCUGUCAGCAGUAAUGGAAGUAAUCCAUUAUCUCCUUCAAAAAGAAAAGUUCUCACUCCUACGCAGGAACUCAACUUAAAGAACAUUCAAGUAGAUACAAGAAAAAUCGGACAGACACCUUCACCAGGAUUUACAAAGCUAGAACACUCACAGACAAUAAAAUGUCGGCAGUUCACUCCUCCUACUCCAGACAUAGGCAACAAAGUUUUCACAAAAAGAGUGAAAUCUCCACGCAGAAUGCUUCUGGCAAAAAGAGCCUUAAUGAAGGAAAGGGAAGGAACCCUGACAAGGGUUGGGUCAUCACAUCAGGGUCAGUCAGCGGGGUUGUCAACCUGUCAGUGUUUUGGACAACCUAUAGUGUGUACCAUGUGUACAGCCAGGAGUAACCAGCAGGCUCCAAGGGCUGGAACACCAGGCUUCAGGUCCCCAGAGGUCUUGAUGAAGUGCCCAGAUCAAUCUACAGCGGUGGACAUAUGGUCAGCAGGGGUGAUAUUUCUGUCCCUCCUCAGUGGCCGGUAUCCAUUCUUUAGGGCUAAUGAUGACCUGACAGCUCUUGCUCAGAUCAUCAGUAUCAUGGGCAGUGAAGAAGUGAUAGCUUCCGCCACAACUUAUGGUAAGAAUCUACUGUGUAAUCCACCAACACAAGCUUUGAAUCUAAAGAAUUUGUGUAAUAGACUGAGAACAGGUCCAAAUUGUAGACAGAAUCGUUCAAGUAGCAAAAACAAUCAACAGGAUGAAGUUAAAUUCUUACAGUCCUGGGCCAGUCUUCCUGAUUCAGCGUUUGAUCUUCUUCACAAACUAUUGGAUUUAAAUCCUUCCACAAGAAUUACAGCAGAGGAGGCUCUCGUCCACCCUUUCUUCUCAGUGUCAUGA